AUGAUUGCGUACUCAUUUGCAGCUGGCAAGGAUAAUAUGCUGACAAAUUGUGCAAAAAUAAUCGAGAAAACUGAUCCAGAUUGGGAGAUUCAAUUUGAAAAUUGUAUUCAAGAAUAUGCAUUGCUACUAAAAUUACUUAGUCGAACACGUGUAGGCAAACGUCAAUUAUUAGAGCCAGUUCGUAUGAAACGUGGUAUUGGUAGACAAUUGCUUAUUCCACGAUUAUCGAAUCCAAUUGAAUGUUUAUGUACACCUGGCGAAACCUGUGAUGAAAACAAAGAAACAUGCACAAUAUUAAAUAAAGAUGCCCGUUGUUAUCAAAGUUGGAGAAUGGACAACGGUGUUAUAGUUACAGAGGCCGGUUGUUUUCGUGAUCAAUAUCUCUUCAGUCAAAUAUAUUGUACUACAAAUACAACUGGACGUAUAAUAUUUUGUUGUUCAUCCCAUAAUUUAUGUAACGAUCGAGAUGCUUAUUCUGCAAGUUUACGAAAAUAUUUGAACGAUUCAUUUUAUAAACCAGACAACAAUACUGUUCGAGACAACAAUACAAGACAUAAACCAACAUUUCCAAUACAUUAUAUUAUUAUUUUGUUAAUAAUCAUUGUUAUUGCUUUUGCUGGUAUUUUUAUUGCACUUUUGUAUCUCAUUAAAGGCUCAGCAAAAUCAACAACCGACACUAUACCCACUGAUCAAUCAUUAACUGGACUGUUGGACGAAUACUCGACGAGUAUAACUGGCUCGGCUUUGCCGUUACUUGUGCAGCGAACAUUAGCUCGCCAAAUUGAACUAGAAGAAUUAAUUGGUAAAGGACGUUACGGUUGUGUUUAUCGUGGCAAAUGGCGUGAAGAUUAUGUGGCCGUGAAAAUAUUUUCAACAAGUGAUGAACGCUCAUGGUUUAGAGAAGUGGAUAUUUAUCAAACAACAUGUUUUAGACACGAACAUAUUCUUGGUUAUAUAGCAGCUGAUAAUAAGGAUGCCAUCACUUACACGCAAUUGUGGCUUGUAACAGAUUAUCAUGAAAACGGAUCACUGUAUGAUUAUUUAGUGAACAAUGCAGUAGACUUGAAAACAAUGCUUAAAAUGAUGUUUUCAAUAGCCAGUGGACUUUGUCAUUUACAUAUGCCGAUUGAAUCAACAAAUGGUAAAGUAGCUCUUGCACAUCGCGAUCUCAAAACUAAAAAUAUACUUGUCAAACGAGAUUUAACAUGCUGUAUUGCUGAUCUUGGUCUGGCAGUCAAACAAGUAAAAUGUACUCCAUCGACAAAAAAAGAUUCAUCAUUAUCAAAUAAGGGGGAUGCAGAAGCCGUCGUUAUCGACAUUCAAGCAAAUACUCGUGUUGGAACAAAACGUAAGAAAAUGUUACUAUUAUGCCAAUUUUCAGGAUAUAUGGCACCAGAAGUUUUAAGUGGUACUAUGAAUGAACGAAACUUUGAUUCUUUCAAAGCAGCUGAUAUUUAUGCACUUGGUCUCGUCUAUUGGGAAUUGUUAAGACGUUGUCAUAGUCCAAGACCAUUUACCGAUAAGGGUGAUGCAGAUGAAUUUCAGUUACCCUAUCAAGAUAUGGUCACACCUGAUCCAUCCAUUGAAGAAAUGCGCGAAGUUGUUUGUGUGAAAAAAUUAAGACCAACAGCAUCACCACGAUGGCAACAGAAUUCUGAUGACACGAUGCGUAUUAUCUCAAAGUUAUGUGAAGAAUUGUGGUACGAUGAUCCCACAUCACGUUUGAAUGGUUUAAAUGUAAAAAAACAAUUAAAAGAACAGUGUGAAUAUGUACAACGUCUCAUGGACGGUAUUGACAAACAACCACAAGAAUUACAACAACAAACAUCACAGAUAGAUAUUCCAUGGACAACUUGA